GAUCUCAGCCGCUGUGGUGGCUAUUGGAACCGAAGAUGGGGGCGGAGGAUGCGGCGGAGAAAGCCCUAAACCUCCUCAGGAGCCGCCUCUGUAACCCUACUUUCAUCUUUCGACCCCUCUGCGACUCUCCUGAUAGCAACUACAGCAAGUUGAAGUUCAUAGUUUCGAGUUCGAUAACAGAGGCAUGCAACAAUUCGGUGUUGCUCCUCGGCCCCCGUGGCUCCGGAAAGACUGCAGUGUUGGAACUCGUUAUUGGAGAUUUACUUCUGGAACAUCCCGAUAUGAUAACUGUGAUCAGAUUGAAUGGGUUAUUGCACAGUGAUGACAACAGUGCUUUUAAGGAAAUUGCCAGGCAGUUGUGCGUUGAACAUCAGCUAUUAUUCUCAAAGAUGGCCUCGUUUGAUGAUAACUCCCAAUUCUUGUUAGCCAUGCUGCGGGAGUGUGGAUUAGCACAUAAAACCAUCACUUUUGUCCUGGAUGAGUUUGACCUCUUCACUCAGGGUAGACAACGACUUCUGUAUGCUUUGCUUGAUGCUAUGCAAUCGAUAAGUUCCCAAGCUGUUGUCAUUGGUGUUAGUUGCCGACUGGAUGCUGACCAGCUGUUAGAAAAGAGAGUGAAAUCUCGCUUUUCACAUAGAAAGCUGUUAUUUUUACCUCCAUCAAAGGAGGAUUUGCAGAGGUUGGUGGAACAUGUCCUGUCUUUGCCAAUGGACUCGAGCCUACCUCAUCACUAUGCGGCUGAAUUCAAUGCAAAACUUCAAAGUAUAUUAGUGGACAACAGAUUCCAGGAAAUUAUCGAUUCAUACUGGGAUUCUUAUCCUGCCAUAAGGCACUUGGCAAAAUUUCUCUUUCGGGCUGUCUCUAGCUUAAAUUUGGAUCUGGGGCACUUAUCACUCGACAACUUCAAGACUGCACUUCCUAGUAUCAAAAGACAACCAAAGAUGGAAUCUUUGAGGGAUUGCUCCAUCCUAGAACUCUAUCUUCUGGUAUGCAUGAAGAGAUUGGAAGUGAAAGAGCAGAACUCAUACAGCUUCAGUGCUGUAAUAAAAGAAUACAAAACUAUUCAUGAUUCAUUCCAGACAUCUGACUACUUUGGACAGAAUGUCUGCCGUCGGGCGUUUGAGCAUCUUCUUCAGUGUGGACUGAUUGGUUUUACAGAUGGCAGGGCACACAAUCAGGGCAUUGAGUUUCGCCCUGUGAAGCUCCUUAUCUCACCUUCUGAGCUCACGCAGGGCCUAAAGUCGUACAACUCUUGUCCGGCCCUUCUCCUCAAAUUAUGCGCUUGAUAAACCCACCUGAGAAGCAGCUAGAUGGCCAUAAAACUGAUUCCAUUCAUGUGAGAAGACAGGACAAGUACAUUUUGACACUGAUUCCAUUCAUGUGAGAAGACGGAGCAAGUACAUUUUGACACCACCAAAGGCAAGCAGUUCCCGUAUAAUGGCCUCCAUUAGAUGCUUUCUCCGUGCAACAUAUUCUCUAAGUCAAAAGUCAUGUAAAUGUUCAUUUUGUUAGCCACCAUUUUCACGAGACUCUCAGGGUUUGGUCCCUCAUGCAUAUUUCAUGGGACUCCCAGGUUCGGUCCCUCCAACCUAGACACAGACAGUUGUAUGCAUGUUCUAUCGAGCUGUUAGGUGUCCGGCACCUGAACCGAUUAAUGUAACUUAGAUCAUCCAACUACUACAUUGAAGUACAAAUUAUCAAUCGGCCAGGACCAUGUUUACAUUUUUUUUUU